AUGGCUGGUUUCAGCCGCAUUGGCUUCAUGGCUAUUGCGGUCGCUUUCCAUUUGGUCUAUAUCUUUUCCAUCUUCGACAUUUACUUUGUCAGCCCGAUUGUCUCAGGCAUGCGAUUAUUCAAUGUUGAGCGUACAGGCGACUCUCCAAAGGCUCCUGCAGAUCGCCUUGUACUAUUUGUUGGCGACGGUUUGCGGGCCGACAAAGCAUUUCAAGCCCACCCGGAACCAUACCCCGAGUCCGAUGAAGACCUCGUCCCUCGUCCGCUAGCUCCUUACCUUCGUUCCCGAGUGCUUGAGCAUGGAACUUUUGGCGUAUCACAUACUCGUGUGCCAACGGAAUCCCGACCCGGCCAUGUGGCCCUCAUUGCCGGCUUGUAUGAGGAUGUAUCUGCGGUUGCCACAGGAUGGAAAAUGAACCCGGUCAAUUUCGAUAGUGUUUUCAACCGCAGCCGACAUACCUGGAGUUGGGGAAGUCCCGAUAUUCUGCCAAUGUUCCAACAUGGGGCUGUUCCGGGAAGGGUGGAUGCCUUUGCAUACGGAGCUGAGCUUGAGGAUUUCUCUAAAGAUGCUACGGAGCUUGAUUACUGGGUGUUCGACCAUGUCAAGGACUUCUUCGCCGCGGCAGCGACGAACGAGACCCUCAAUACUGCUCUUCGCGAGGACAAAGUGGUCUUCUUCCUCCAUCUGCUAGGUCUGGAUACUACUGGGCACUCUUACCGGCCCUACUCUAAAGAGUACCUGCACAAUAUAAAGGUAGUUGAUCAAGGUGUGAAGGAGAUGGUCGAGCUCAUCGAGGGCUUCUAUGCCGAUGACCGGACUGCAUUCGUCUUCACAGCCGACCACGGCAUGACAGACUGGGGUAGUCAUGGCGAUGGACACCCUAACAAUACCAGAACUCCUCUCAUAUCAUGGGGUUCGGGAGUCGCCACUCCCGAGUUGCAUCCGGACAGUAUUGCCCCUGGCCAUGAUGAGUACUCUUCAGACUGGAAUCUGGACCAUAUUCGGAGACAUGAUGUUGCUCAGGCUGAUGUCGCGGCGUUGAUGUCGUAUCUCAUCGGCGCUGAGUUUCCAGCGAACGGUGUGGGCCAACUCCCUUUAAACUUCCUAUCUGCGAACAUAAAAGAAAAGGCACAAGCUUCCCUGGUCAAUGCUCAGGUCAUCCUUGAGCAAUACCGUAUAAAGGAAGAGAGCAAGAGGAACGUAGAGCUCCGUUAUCAGGCUUACGGACCUCUGAGUAAUGAGAACAUUGGCCCUGAGCAGCGCAUUACUCACAUUCGCUCUUUGAUCGACGCUGGCCAAUUCGAGGAAGCCAUUGAAGAAUCCGACGCUCUGAUGGAAAUUGGGCUUCAGGGGCUUCGCUACCUUCAGACUUAUGACUGGCUGUUCCUGCGUGCUUUGAUCACUGUUGGUUAUUUGGGAUGGAUGACCUAUGCGACCACCACUGUCCUUUCCUUAUAUGUGGUUCAGGAGAGCAUUCCUCCUCAACGCACAUUGUUUGGAUCGGCGUUUUUUUCCUCAGUACUUGUUGCACUUUACUCAUCCUUCGUUGUCUCUAAAUCCCCACUUGCAUACUAUCUGUAUGCAUUUUUUCCUGUUUUGUUUUGGGAAGAGGUAUAUGCUAGAAGAGCCAGUGUUGCCAAAGGUUUCAAGACUCUGUUUGGCAAUAUCAAGUCUGGUGGUGCGGUUGCAGCGCUGAUUUUCAACGUUGUCCUCUAUUUUGGUAUCAUCCAGUCUCUGGCCAUUGGAUACAUUCAUCGUGAAGUCCUGACGGGGCUUUUCGUCUUGGGUGCUUUCUGGCCAACAACGAUGGGCGUUUCAUUCUUGAAGUCUCAUGUAUUCUUGACCCUCUUGUGGUUCUUUUCUUGCUUGGCUAUGAGUACUUUCACUCUCCUGCCUGCGAUGAAGGUCGAAGAUGUAUCCCUAAUCUUGAUUGGCGGUGGAUUGAUGACUGUCAUCGGUCUUGCAUACUUGGUCCUCGAAGAUUUUAUUCUCUCUGAUUUUACCACCUUCAAAAGCAAAUCAAAGCGUCUUCAUACAAGUCGGACACUCCUUGGUACUCAAAUUGGCCUUAUCGUACUUGCGAUGCUCGUCACGCACUCCAGUGCCACUUCACUGCAAGCCAAGCUCGGUCUUCCAAGGGGCAACCAAGUAGUCGGCUGGGCCGUCUUGGUCGUGUCGCUCCUCAUGCCCUUAGCAUAUCGGCUACAGCCUAACAGCCACUACAUGCAUCGCCUUGCAAUCAUCUUCCUGACCUGCGCACCUACGUUCAUCAUCUUGACAAUUUCAUAUGAAGGUCUAUUCUAUGUGGCCUUCAGCGUCACUUUAUUAGCUUGGGUGCGCCUCGAGUACGCGGUACAUGCAUUCUCAAAGGGCGGAGCCCAGAACGAGGCAGCUGUCGCUGAGCAGCAGAAACGUGAAUUGGGUACAUUCCGGCCAUUGACCCUUUCAGAUGCACGGAUAGCACUGUUCUUUAUGGUUUUGCUACAGUCAGCCUUCUUCAGUACCGGCAAUAUUGCUUCCAUCUCAUCUUUUAGCUUGGAAAGUGUAUCGAGGCUUAUCCCAGUGUUUGAUCCUUUCUCGCAGGGCGCAUUGCUGAUUCUCAAGAUCGUUAUUCCAUUUUUCCUGAUAUCAGCGAACUUGGGAGUUCUAAACAAGAGAUUAGGUGUUGCACCAUCUGCGCUCUUCAUGGUCGUCCUCACAGUCAGUGAUGUUUUGACACUCUACUUUUUCUGGGUUGUGAAAGAUGAGGGUUCAUGGCUGGAAAUUGGCUCAACGAUCACACAUUUUGCAAUCGCCAGUUUCUUGUGUGUGUUUGUUGCAGCACUUGAGCUGGUGAGUGCGGCAUUCAUCGCCGGCAUUGAAGUCGAGCAUGAACGACCGGCUGUCGCCAAUGGCAUCAAGCCCGAGACAAACGGCAAAGUUCCGUCAAAGUCACUUGCAGGGUAG